AUGGAGGAAACAAUGGCCGUUAGGUAUUGGUGUCACAUGUGUUCCCAAACAGUGAACCCAAUAAUGGAGUCUGAGAUCAAAUGUCCCUUUUGCCAAAGCGGGUUCGUCGAAGAAAUGAGCGGUAACAAUGGAGGCACAAGAGACGUUCAAGACCCAGAAACCGAUUUCGGAACAGACCGUGCAAUGUCUCUGUGGGCUCCAAUCUUGCUCGGAAUGAUGAGCAGUCCUCGGAGACGAAGAAGGUUUCGAAGAGCAGAGUUAGGUGAAGACAACGACGACGAUGACGAUGACAACAACAACAACAACAACAAUGUUGAGGGAAAUGAUAACAACAACAGCAGUAACGUGUACCGUCAUCAUCACCGAGCUAGACGGCAUGGAGGAGAGAUUGAUUUAGAUAGAGAGUUUGAAUCUAUCUUGAGGAGAAGACGAAGAAGCUCUGGAAACAUAUUGCAGCUGCUUCAAGGGAUUCGUGCAGGGAUUGCGUCAGAGUAUGAAAGCUCUGAUAACAACUGGGAGAGAGAUAGUAACAGUAAUAACAACAGCAGCAGCAGCAAUAGAGUUAUCAUGAUUAAUCCGUUUAAUCAGUCUCUCGUUGUCCAGGGAGAGACUCAGAACCAUUCUGCAUUGACUUCGCUUGGUGAUUACUUCAUCGGACCUGGUUUGGAUCUUUUGCUUCAGCAUUUGGCUGAGAAUGAUCCCAACAGGCAAGGGACUCCACCAGCUCGUAGAGAAGCCGUUGAAGCUUUGCCUACGGUUAAGAUAAACGAACCGUUGCUGCAGUGUUCGGUUUGUUUGGAUGAUUUCGAGAGAGGAGUUGAAGCUAAAGAGCUGCCUUGUAAGCAUAAGUUUCAUGUCAAGUGUAUUGUCCCCUGGCUUGAGAUUCAUAGCUCUUGUCCUGUGUGUCGGUUCGAGCUUCCUUCUGCGAACGAUGAUGAUGAUGAGAGUAAGGUUGAGUCCGAGAGAGCGAGGAGAGUGAGGAGUGUUCAGGAGAGUAGUGGCGGGAACGUUGUUGAGAGUGUUGGAAAUGGGGAGAGAGGAAGAGAGGAUGAUGGGAGGAGUGGGAAUGGAAGAAGAUUUUCGUUUCCAUGGCCGUUCAGUGGAUUGUUCUCUUCUUCUUCUUCUUCGUCUUCUUCUUCAGCAUCUGGUUCUCAAUCUGGUGAGAACAAUACCUAUUCAAGAUCUUCUGGUUCUUCUCGCUGA